GUUCCGGUCCAAUCCAGGCCUGAGCGACCCACAGAGUCCCGCGGAGGAGUGCGCAGUGGACGCCGGAGCGAAGGUGGUGCAGGAGAAGGAAGACGGACUCGCGCAGCCCGGCUGAGCACCAGCCCCAGAAGUUGAGUAGAAGCACUGUCGGUACAAUGUGCCCCCUCGUGACCCUGCCACUCCGGCGCCUGGCAUGGGCCUGGGCCUCCGGCUGGCCAGCUCCUCUGAAACACAGAGGGCGGGGCCUUCUGCAUACGGCCUCAACCACCUGCCCUGACAGCAGCGCCCCAGUGUUCACCCGAGCCCUGGCCUUCGGGGACAGGACAGCCCUUGUGGACCAGCAUGGCCACCACACGUACAAGGACCUGUACCAACGGAGCCUGCGCCUGUCCCAGGAGAUCUGCAGGCUUCGGGCAUGCACCAGCGGUGACCUGGGUGAGGAGCGGAUCUCCUUCAUGUGCUCCAACGACGCCUCCUACAUCGUGGCGCAGUGGGCUUCAUGGAUGAGCGGUGGCGUUGCAGUCCCGCUGCACAGCAAGCAUCCUGCAGCCCAGCUAGAGUACUUCAUCCAGGACUCCCGGAGCUCCGUGGUCAUGGCUGGCCCAGAGCACCUAGAGCUCCUGGGCACCGUGGCCAGCAAACUGGGGGUCCCACUGUUGCCGCUUCUCCCUGACAUCUACUCUGGGGCAGCAGAGGGCCUGGUGGGAGGAGAGGCGCCAGCACCCAGCUGGAAGGAGUGGGGCUGGAAGGAGCGGGGCGCCAUGAUCAUCUACACAAGCGGCACCACGGGCCUGCCUAAGGGCGUCCUGAGCACCCACUGCAAUGUCAGCUCCAUGGUGACAGGGCUGGUGGAUAAGUGGACGUGGACACCAGACGACGUCAUCCUGCACGUGCUCCCGCUACACCACGUCCACGGUGUGGUCAACAAGCUGCUCUGCCCACUCUGGGUGGGUGCAGUUUGUGUGAUGCUGCCCAAGUUCAGUGCCGAGCAGGUUUGGGAAAAGUUCUUGAGUUCUGAAACUCCACGGGUCAAUGUAUUCAUGGCAGUGCCCACAAUCUACUCCAAACUGAUAGACUAUUACGACAAGCAUUUCACCCAGCCUCACGUCCAGGAGUAUGUGCGUGCAGUUUGUAAGGAGAAAAUCAGGCUGAUGGUCUCCGGCUCGGCUGCACUGCCCCUCCCGGUGCUGGAGAAGUGGAGGGACAUCACAGGCCACACCCUGCUGGAGAGGUAUGGCAUGACAGAGAUCGGCAUGGCCCUGUCCAACCCCCUGACCGCGGCCCGCCUGCCAGGUUCUGUGGGGACCCCACUGCCAGGAGUGGAGGUGCGUAUUGUCUCAGAGAACCCACAGAGGGAGGCUUGCUCCUACACUGUGCACGCGGAGGGAAACGAGAGGGAGACCAAGGUAACCCCAGGCUUUGAGGAGAAGGAAGGGGAGCUCCUGGUCAGGGGGCCCUCUGUGUUUCGAGAGUACUGGGACAAGCCAGAAGAAACGAAAAACGCGUUCACUCCAGAUGGCUGGUUUAAAACAGGCGAUACGGUCAUGUUCAAGGAUGGUAGGUACUGGAUCCGAGGGCGGACGUCGGUAGACAUCAUCAAGAGCGGUGGCUACAAGCUCAGUGCCCUGGAGAUCGAGCAGCACCUGUUGGCCCACCCCAGCAUCACAGAUGUGGCUGUGAUUGGAGUUCCCGACAUGACAUGGGGCCAGCGGGUCACUGCCGUGGUGACCCUCCGUGAUGGACACUCACUGUCCCAGCAGGAACUCCGAGAGUGGGCGAGGGGUGUGCUGGCCCCGUAUGCCAUGCCCUCAGAGCUGCUGGUGGUGGAGGAGAUUCCGCGGAACCUGAUGGGGAAGAUCAACAAGAAGGAAUUGCUCUGCCAGUUCUACCCGCGGGACCCGGGGCCACCUGCUGGUGUGCAGAUAUCUGGCCGGGCAGGAGCUGGGGAGGCUGGGGACCCGCACCGACCGGAGGGGCAGCACCCUCCGCGCAGUCCUGGCGUGCAGAGAAGCCGCAGCCAAGAGGAGAUAACAUGCUCUGGGCUGCGGAGAGACGCAGCUGGAGAGGGCCUAACAGGCAGGGCCUCCGGAGUGGAGGCGGACCAGCUCGGGCUGCGUACCAGCAAGCGCUUGACCCUGGGUCUGACCCUGCCUGAGCCCCUCCUGGCUUCAGACCCCGUCCUGAGCCCGCUCCAGCCCACUCCACCAAGCCUGGAGUGCGCCUCUGCCUGGAAGCGGUAA